AUGGAUAGUCAAUAUGGUGGCAUACAAUGGAUACAACAUAGUUCCGUGCAUCAGCAGAAACAUUCAUCGAUACACGUUGGUAGUAUCCGUGGAGGUGGCGUCACAGGUGAUAUGAAAACUGCCGGCCAGUUAAUUAUUGAUCCACAGCCACCUUGUGAUGAGGAACUUAUGGCCAGCACUGCUGGUAAUACCACCUCAUCCGAAUAUAUGGCCACCGAAGAUGAUGAUGCAACAGAUAAUAUUGAUCAAAUUGCUGCCGAAAAUUUAAUUUUUAUGGCAAGAGAUGGUCAAAUGGUUGCCGAAAUAAUACCCACAAAUGGUACAGAUAAAAAUGGUGCCGUCGUAGUAACGGCCAGUGAUGGUGAACAAAUAGAUUGUGAUGCCAUAAUGCAGCAGGCGGCGUUAAUACAACAACACGAGGAUUCUGGCGGUGGUGGAGGAGGUGGUGCGGAUAUUUACUAUACCGACAGAUCUCCACAAAUGGUUACCGAAGAAGUUAUAACAGAUGAUUGGGUACAGCAUCAGGGUGAAGAAAGGGUUGAAAUAUCAGCCGAACAGAUCAUCUCCAAUUCACAAGUAUUAAUGGAUAUUGAAGUUCCCCUGCCCACGGUACAAGAUGAAUAUACUGCUCAGCGACCAUAUCCUUGUGAUUUUUGUAGUCGACGAUUUCGCAAGAAGGCCAGCCUUAUGAAUCACAUGGUGGCACAUCAAAAUGAUCGGCCACAUUUGUGUAAAUUAUGUGGUUCACGAUUUUUGCGGAGGCAGGAUCUAAUAAAUCACCUGAAGGCGCAUGCCGAUGAAGCUGCAGCUGAGCCGCAAAUGGAUGAUAGUGAUUUUAUAAAUUUUGUUACCGAUACCACCUCAUCAUCACAGCGCACCUCCAAUGAUCAUUAUUAUGAACAAGAUUGGAGUGUGCCUGAAGAUUCUGUUACAAUACCAAUUAAAUCUAGUCGUAAACAACAUCAUGUAACAGCAUCAUCCACAUCAUCGACAACUGCACCGCCUAGAGGUCGUAUUAGUCGUCUCAAACCAAAGGAAGAUACCUAUAUUGUAGAUGUACCUCAUAAUAGUAGUUCGAUAAAUUUAGCAACAACAUAUAGCAUUGUUCAAUGUGAUGAGUUACCAAAUUCAAAUACAACAGCAAUAGAAUUUACUCAGGAUACAUCAACACAACCCGCCUUACAAAAUGUACAACAACACCAACAAGAAAUUCAGGAUCAGAAACCCAUACUACAUUUUCCAAUUAUUGAUGAUAAUAAACCAUUCGUUUGCCAACAAUGUGGUUUGGCAUUCUCCCGAGAAAAGGCCAUGUUGGCACAUACGAAGAGUCAUCGCAAUGAUUCACCCUUCGAGUGCCCUCAAUGCAAUGAAUUAUUUUGGGAUCAAGCCAGUUUAUCGGAUCAUCAAAAAACUCAUCAAUUUGAGGAAAGCAAUUCUGAAUAUGAUCCAAAUGAGGGAGAAGAUGAAACACAAAGUGAAUCCGAGUCCGAACAACAAUUAUAUGGUGAAUUUUAUUGCAGUGAAUGUGGAAUGUCGUUUCAUCGUCAGGACUUAUUGCGCAGACAUGCUAAGAGUCAUUCGAAACACAAUAGCCAAUCGAAUGAAAAUGGUGCUGAUAUUGGCGUUGGUGGUGGUGCCUCUGGUGAUGGCAAUAAAGAUCAACAUUGUUGCAACACAUGCGGUGAAACAUUUGCCGAAGCUUUGGAUUUGUUGGCACAUGCUGAAAUUCAUGCUCGUUACCCGCCUUUCAAAUGUGUAUUAUGUGGUGAAUCAUUUUUUGAAGAGCCCACAAUUAAAAAACACUUACAAUCUCAGCAUGCCAAUGAAAUGACGGAAAAUUCAUGUAUUUUAUGCGGCAAAGAAUGUCGUGAUCGUAAAGCACUAAUCAAGCAUGCCUGGGAUCAUUCACGCGAAAAAUGCCAUUCAUGUUCAAAGUGUGGUAAAAAUUUCCAUAAUAAAGCACGUCUAAAACGUCACAUGGCAUCGCAUCGUGAUAAAUCGGUACAAUGUGAUGUCUGUCAUGAAGAAUUUCCUGAUGGACGUACCUUGUCGAAUCAUCGUCAUUCGCAUAGUACAACAUCGGCUGGGAAAUUAUUCCCCUGUCAUGAAUGUGGCAAGACAUUUGGGUCACGAAGUUCACAGCAAAUUCAUGUACGCAUACAUACGGGUGAAAGGCCAUACGGUUGUCGUUUCUGUUGGAAGGCAUUUGCCGAUGGUGGUACUUUGAGGAAACAUGAACGGAUACAUACGGGUGAGAAGCCUUAUGCUUGUUCCGUAUGUCCAAGGGCCUUUAAUCAGCGAGUGGUUUUGAGGGAGCACAUACGUUCACAUCAUUCGGGUUUGGACACUAAGCGAGGAACCUAUUACUGUACAGUGUGUGGAGCUGAUUUGUCAUCGUCGGGCGAUUUGAUACAACAUCUAAUACAGCACAGUGACAUGAAUACGGCAAUGCAAAGGCAACCUGUGACUGGUCCACGUAAAUACAAACGCCGCCGUAAAUUGAAACCCCAUGAACUUGCCCGCCUAAAACGAGAAUCCAAACAGAAUGGUGAUAAUUGCAGUGAUAUUGACCUAUCGGAUUUCGAUAUGGAUAAUGUUGAUGAUUUAUUGGCAAUGACUGAGACGAAUACAUCUACCGAAAAUACCACCAGCAAUCAUGAAGCCCCAACCAUAACAAAAUCUAAACGUCAAAAGAAUAACAACUCCUCUGAUCUAUUGGAUUCUUCUACAAACAAUGUGUCAAUGGUCGAUGGUAGUGACAGUACAAAGAAACCCAGAUUCAAUUCAACAAGCAGCGAUAAGAUUUGGUCAACAAAAGCAUCCAACGAAGAGACUUAUAAAUCAUUACUCUCUAAUUUGGAAACAACAUUACAAAGUAUCGAUACACUGGUGGUGGGACCAUCAACAAAUAAUGCUGUAGACAUUAGCAACGCCCCUACAACGACAGCGUCGACAAAACGAAAAUCAAAACAAAAUGAAUCGACUGCCCAGAGAACACAACAAGUUCAAAUAGUUCGUAAUGAUAAGGUGAAUAAAACCGAUAAAUCUACGGCUGGAAAGCAAAGCAAGGGUCCCCAAAUGAUCCGCACUGAAAAGAGUACCGUUUCUUCCGUUGAGGGUGGCAAAAAGAAAUCAAAAUCAGUUGUGAGUCGUACCCAAACUACCAGUGUUGAUAUAUUACCCAAAUCUGUUGGUAUAGUGGAUGACUAUGAUAUUAUUUCACCAGCUUUGCAUCCACCUAAACAAAUUAGCUGCAGUCCAUUGCACAUUAAACAGGAACAUGACAAUCCUCCUCUAAUGAGGAUUCAAAAUGUAAUGUCCUCCUCAUCAUCAUCUUCAAAUAUUAACCAUCGAAAUCAAAUGUCUUCGUCGUCUUCGAAUACCCGCCACAACAAUGACCUAUAUGAUGCCCAUCUAUUACUUGAAGCUUCGGGAUUACGUAAUGACCUCGAUGAGAUUUUGAGAUCACCGCUGAAAUCGGAAAAACUGGGUGGAUCUCGUCAACGUUUUCCCAGUGAAUCGUCAACACAAUUCUUGACCGAACAAUCCGAAGAAGAACAACAUUUAAUAAAAAUUGAACCUACCUCACCCGAUCUAAGGGAAAUUGUUAAUGGAGUUAGUUCCGUCAACACUUCCGAAGCAGUUAGUUCAGCUGGCAUGGAAUUGGUCGAUGCUUCUUCUCAUAAUGUGCGCAGAAUUUCUAAAACAUCACGAUCUCAACGGAACAUCAAUUCAAAUAGAAAAUAUUUUGAAUUUGCCAAUGACCAAUUAAGUGACAUGAAAUCUAGCGGUAAUUCACUCAAACGUUCAUCUAACAACCAUUUGAGUGGUGUUUCGCAAUCCUCCAUGAAAUCCUCAAAGUCUGCCCGUACAGAACCUGCCAAACCAACAAAAUCUUCGUUACCGAGUUCCACAGCGUUUUUGGAUUACAGCAUGGUGGAUAGUUUUAACACGGUCACAAGUUCCUCGCCACACGACAGUCAUCAUCAUCACCAUGUCAACUCGUUUUCUUCCAUAUCGGCAGUGGUAUCUGCUGCUGAUGCCAAUGCUGCAGCCGCUUCGGCAGCAGCUGCCCAACAAAAUCCUUCACCUGCCCGUAAACCUCAACGAUAUUUUGAGUGUGAAAUGUGUUCGGCUGUAUUCUCGGAUCGGGCCCAACUGCUCGAUCAUGUACCCAUACAUAUUUAAGAAAAAUUCAAUCAUAUGC